UCCUGGGGGCGACGCCCCUCCCCCAUCUACUGGCACAGAACGAAGGAAGCGGUUUGUUGUCGUUAAGUCUCCGGGAUUUAAGGUUAACCUUUUAAUACUAAAAGGGGAAAUGCAGCCGUGAAUGAAGAAAACAUGGAUGGAACAAAUGAAUGCAGUAAAGGUCGAACUGGUACGCAGAAUGAAGCAGCACUGCUUGCUUUAAUGGAAAAAACUGGGUAUAAUAUGGUUCAGGAAAACGGACAGAGGAAAUUUGGUGGUCCUCCUCCAGGUUGGGAAGGUCCACCUCCACCUAGAGGCUGUGAAGUUUUUGUAGGAAAAAUACCUCGUGAUAUGUAUGAAGAUGAGUUAGUUCCUGUAUUUGAACGAGCUGGGAAGAUAUAUGAAUUUCGACUUAUGAUGGAGUUUAGUGGUGAAAACAGAGGUUAUGCAUUUGUGAUGUAUACUACAAAAGAAGAAGCCCAGUUGGCCAUAAGAAUUCUUAAUAAUUAUGAGAUUCGACAAGGGAAGUUUAUCGGUGUGUGUGUGAGCUUGGACAACUGCAGAUUAUUUAUUGGAGCUAUUCCAAAGGAAAAGAAGAAAGAAGAAAUUCUGGAAGAAAUGAAGAGGGUUACAGAAGGAGUUGUAGAUGUCAUUGUUUAUCCAAGUGCGACUGAUAAGACCAAAAAUCGCGGGUUUGCUUUUGUUGAAUAUGAAUCUCACAGAGCCGCUGCUAUGGCUAGAAGAAAAUUAAUCCCAGGAACAUUCCAGCUGUGGGGCCAUACCAUUCAGGUCGACUGGGCUGAUCCAGAGAAAGAGGUUGAUGAGGAAACUAUGCAAAGAGUUAAAGUUCUCUAUGUGAGAAAUUUAAUGAUCUCAACUACAGAAGAAACAAUUAAAGCAGAAUUCAACAGGCACAAACCUGGUACAGUUGAACGAGUAAAAAAACUUAGAGAUUAUGCUUUUGUCCACUUUUUCAACCGAGAAGAUGCUGUAGUUGCUAUGUCUGUUAUGAAUGGAAAGUGCAUUGAUGGAGCAAGUAUUGAGGUAACACUUGCAAAACCAGUAAAUAAAGAAAAUACUUGGCGGCAGCAUCUUAAUGGUCAGAUAAGCCCCAGUCCUGAAAACUUGGUUGUGUACGCUAACAAAGAAGAGAGCCAUCCAAAAACUCUAGGCAAGUCACCAGCUCUUCCUGCUCUUCUCAAUGCACAACAUAGCCCAAGCCCUCCUGAAAUUGAAAGAUGCACUUAUCCCUUUUUUCCUGGGACAAAGCUUACUCCAAUUAGUAUGUAUUCUUUAAAGUCCAAUCAUUUUAAUUCUGCAGUAAUGCACUUGGAUUAUUACUGCAACAAAAAUAACUGGUCACCACCAGAAUAUUAUUUAUAUUCAACAACCAGCCCAGAUGGAAAAGUAGUCUUGGUAUACAAAAUAGUUAUUCCCGCUAUCACAAAUGGCUCCCAGAGUUACUUCAUGCCAGACAAACUCUGCUCUACAUUAGAAGAUGCAAAGGAACUGGCAGCCCAGUUUACAUUACUUCAUUUGGACAGAGAACACAAUCUCUUCAGCCUGGACCUGUGUAGAAGAAUUUGGAGACAAUAAGCAGGUCCUUUCUGACGUUGCUUGAACUUACUCUCCUGCAGUUAUCUCAUUCUUAUUGGCUAAAAAUAAUGCUUAUGUGUUACAGGUCUACUUUAUGGUACCAGGACAGUAUUACAGAGAAAAUAAUUCUCUUAUCUGUACAAUAAAUGACCUAAUUUCUCUCCUUCCAUUCCUUAAAACACCCUAAGUUUUAUAAGUAACCACUUUAUAGUCAUUGUCAUACCUUUGACUUACUUUACACUAAAGAACAUAGUUGAAUUUUUGAAAAGUACAAGAUUUACCAAUUUGGUCUUUAAUACAUAAUUAUUAUAGUUAAAGCAGGAAAUUAUUGGUACAUAUGAAUGUAAAUUGUAGAAAAAUAAUAUUUUGAAUAUAAUUAUUUUUAAUAAUUUGUUUUAAUUUUUGAAUAUUUUU